AUGAAGUUGGGCAAAGUGGAAUUCUGCCAUUUUCUGCAGCUAAUAGCUCUUUUCCUGUGUUUUUCUGGGAUGAGUCAAGCAGAACUCCCAAAGUCCAGAUCAAAGCCCUAUUUCCAAUCAGGGAGGUCCCGGACCAAGCGCAGCUGGGUGUGGAAUCAGUUCUUUGUGCUGGAGGAAUACAUGGGUUCAGACCCCCUCUAUGUAGGAAAGCUUCACUCUGAUGUUGAUAAAGGAGAUGGUUCCAUCAAAUACAUCUUGUCAGGCGAAGGGGCAAGUUCCAUUUUCAUUAUUGAUGAGAACACUGGGGAUAUUCAUGCUACGAAGAGACUGGACCGGGAGGAGCAGGCCUACUACACACUCCGAGCUCAAGCGCUGGACAGGCUCACCAACAAGCCCGUGGAGCCUGAAUCUGAGUUUGUCAUCAAAAUUCAGGAUAUCAAUGACAAUGAACCCAAAUUUUUGGAUGGCCCAUACACGGCAGGAGUUCCUGAAAUGUCCCCUGUGGGGACCUCGGUGGUACAAGUGACAGCAACGGAUGCUGACGAUCCUACAUAUGGCAACAGCGCCCGCGUGGUCUACAGUAUUUUGCAAGGACAGCCAUACUUCUCAGUGGAACCAAAGACAGGAGUCAUCAAGACCGCCCUUCCAAACAUGGAUAGAGAGGCUAAAGACCAGUAUUUGCUUGUUAUUCAGGCAAAGGAUAUGGUUGGUCAAAAUGGAGGACUGUCAGGAACCACAUCUGUCACUGUGACCCUAACUGAUGUCAACGAUAACCCACCUCGCUUUCCUCGAAGGUCUUACCAAUACAAUGUCCCAGAAUCAUUGCCUGUAGCCUCGGUUGUGGCCAGAAUUAAAGCUGCUGAUGCAGAUAUUGGAGCUAAUGCUGAAAUGGAAUACAAAAUUGUGGAUGGUGAUGGAUUAGGGAUUUUUAAGAUUUCUGUUGACAAGGAUACACAGGAAGGAAUCAUUACUAUACAGAAGGAACUGGAUUUUGAAGCCAAAACAAGUUACACGCUAAGGAUAGAAGCUGCAAACAAAGAUGCCGACCCUCGCUUUCUAAGUUUGGGGCCAUUCAGUGACACGACGACCGUGAAGAUAAUUGUGGAAGACGUGGAUGAGCCUCCUGUGUUUUCUUCACCCUUGUACCCCAUGGAGGUGUCAGAAGCUACCCAAGUAGGGAAUAUCAUUGGCACUGUAGUGGCCCAUGAUCCAGAUUCUUCCAAUAGCCCUGUAAGGUAUUCAAUUGACAGAAACACAGACUUGGAGAGAUACUUCAAUAUUGAUGCCAACAGUGGAGUUAUUACAACUGCCAAAUCUUUGGAUCGAGAGACAAAUGCUGUUCAUAAUAUCACAGUCCUUGCAAUGGAGAGUCAGAAUCCAUCUCAAGUAGGAAGAGGUUAUGUGGCCAUCACUAUUCUUGACAUUAAUGACAACGCCCCUGAGUUUGCCAUGGAAUAUGAGACCACCGUCUGUGAAAAUUCCCAGCCAGGGCAGGUUAUCCAGAAAAUCAGUGCUAUUGAUAAAGAUGAGCCAUCCAAUGGACACCAGUUUUACUUCAGCUUAACAACCGAUGCAACAAAUAACCACAACUUUUCAUUGAAAGACAAUAAAGACAACACAGCCUCAAUACUAACCAGGAGAAAUGGCUUCCGGAGACAGGAGCAAUCUGUUUACUAUCUGCCUAUUUUCAUUGUGGACAGCGGGUCUCCUUCACUUAGCAGCACCAAUACCCUCACCAUCCGAGUCUGUGACUGUGAUGCAGAUGGCAUAGCCCAGACCUGCAACGCAGAGGCCUACGUCUUACCUGCUGGCCUCAGUACAGGAGCCCUGAUAGCAAUACUUGCCUGUGUCUUGACAUUGCUAGUGUUAAUCCUCCUUAUCAUCACUAUGCGAAGACGGAAAAAAGAGCCCCUCAUCUUUGAUGAAGAGAGAGAUAUCAGAGAAAACAUCGUUAGAUAUGAUGACGAGGGCGGGGGAGAGGAGGACACAGAAGCUUUUGACAUGGCUGCGCUGAGAAACCUCAAUGUCAUCCGCGACACCAAGACCCGGAGGGAUGUGACUCCAGACAUUCAGUUCUUGAGUCGACCGACUUUUAAAAGCAUCCCAGACAAUGUCAUCUUUAGGGAAUUUAUUUGGGAAAGACUAAAAGAAGCUGAUGUAGAUCCUGGUGCACCCCCUUACGAUUCUUUGCAGACAUAUGCAUUUGAAGGAAAUGGCUCCGUGGCUGAAUCUCUCAGCUCUUUAGAUUCCGUCAGCUCAAACUCUGAUCAGAACUAUGACUACCUAAGUGACUGGGGGCCUCGUUUUAAACGACUUGCAGACAUGUAUGGAACUGGCCAAGAGAGUUUGUACUCAUAG